UGGUUACUCCGUUCACUCUUUCGAAGGCGUGACCUUAGAGCAAGGCCCCUCUUCCAUGGCGAUUCCUGGGAAAGCACUCACCAGCAGUUCAAUGUUACUAUGGCUGAUGUUAGUGUCACUGUCUUCAAUCUCACUUGCUUACAGACCCGGAGACAUCGUGCCCAUGAGCAGGAUGGGCCAAUACCAUUCCUCUAGAACUGUUUGGCAUGAUAUGAUCGGUCGCCACUGCCCAAUCUUCGGUGUCAACCGGGAGGUUUUGAUUCCUCUACCUAAACCAACCGGUUACACUGGUGCCGAUCCGUAUAAAAUAUCAUUUCAAGUUGGAAGAGAGAAGUUUUUUGUUCCAUGGCUUUUUGUGAUAAACCGGAAGAGUCCUGAAGUUCCUAUGAUUGAUGUUCAUUUGAGGUACUCUGGGAGUGAUUUACUUGGUGUCACUGGCAAAGUUGUUGACAUGCCACAUCGUUAUGUUGAAAUGCAUUCAGACAUUCGUAAACAAUUUUGGGAUCCACAACAUUGGCCAAAACAUGUGCUUGUUAGAUACACAUGGAAAGAGCAGUCAGAGAUAGAUGUGGCUUCCGGAUUUUAUGUUCUCUUUGGAUCAGGGCUUCUGACAACAUUUGUUCUCUCGAUUUACAUCUUGCAAUCAUCCCGGGAUAAAUUUGCAAGGUUUGUGAAGGAGACUGUUGCUGAAAGCAGUAUGGCUGCUGGGGGAGUGGCCAAGGUUGAAUGAUUCACAUUAUAAGUUAACUGCCACCGCUACGUCUUUCUGUGCAAUUCCUUAAAAGAUUAAGAAGAAGAAGAGUUUGAUGACAUUAUACAGCAGUUUUGUGCACAUUCAGCUGCUAGGAUUGGGAUUGGGGUUCUUUCCAUAGUUGUGUAGAAGUAGCUGACACUGACAGUGCCAAUCAUUUGCUGCAAAAUCAGUGUGAUAUGUUGUAAAAGUGAUGGCUUCAGAAUGAGCUUGGGGAUUGCAGUAGCUUGAGAGCCGUGUUGCCUUGUGGAAAGUGGCACAUAAGGUCUUGUCAAACAUGGUAUAAGCUUCUGUUUUGGCGCUCAUAAUUCGUAGGUUGGACAAUAAUCAAAAGUUGAAAGGAAUUAAGAAGGAAGGCUAGUAGUAGGUCCACAAUGUUGUUGGAGAAUGGUGCAUGAGAUAAAGAGCAGUAUAAUAAUGUUAGAUGCCUCGACAUCA